AUGCUCAAGAAGAAGGCAACGUUGCAUCAAUUUGUGCCACACUUCGAAGCUUUGAGACCAGUUAUACUGCAGAGGUGCUUGGACACAUUUAGGGAAUUUCGAGAGACACCUCGAGCGGAUGCCUACUAUGUGCUUUGCCACGGUGACUUCACCAUCAAAAACAUGAUGUUCAAGCACAACUCGGCUGAUGGGAGCUUGGUGGAUGUGCAACUUUUGGACUUCCAGCUUUCAUAUGUUGGUUCGAUCGCAAGCGAUUUGAUUUAUUCGAUGGUACAGCUGCUCGACGAGCACUUGAGAAAACAGUUUCCGAUAUUGGUUGAGUACUAUUUUAAUAUUUUUAUUGAGACUUUAUUGAAACUCAAAUAUAAGGGUGCACUGCCGAAAUUGGAAAAGCUGCGGGAACAGUUAGUGUGGCACAAGCAUUUCGAACUUUUCCAGAUCACCACAUUUUUGCCAAUCUGGUACAUGCUACGUGAACAAAAUGUGGACCCCGUGGAUUUGCAUACAUCAGCGGAAUACCGACGUUCAAUGUACAGAAACCAAAGCUACAUUGCUGAGAUGGAGCAGCUUUUGCCGAAAUAUUUGAAUUUGG